CACUGAAGUUUCCGCGCCUGAACGUUUCUACUUCCGGUUCACUUGACGUAGCAACAUCUGUGUACUCAUCCCGGACUUGCUGUUCUUUUCCUGUUCCCUUCUCCUAACCAAACUAGCUCCUGCAAAGCAUUCCCAUCGGACGUCACUGUAGAAGAUCUUCACUCUGAAAAGCACGAUCCUCACCACGUUAAAAUGGAGGAGGAGUCGAAGAUGCUGUAUUUCAAACAGGAGGCGGAGCCAGAGAACCCCAGCAUUAAAGAAGAAGAACAGGAAUACAAAAUCACCACAUUUCCAUUGAUUGUCAUUGUCAAGAGUGAAGAAAAUGAAGAUCCAAGCGAAGAGAGCGGAGCAGCGAAACCUUCGAGCGACAGCUCAUUUCAGCACCUGACAAAACCAAAUGGAAGAUCGCAACUGGACGGCCUCUUAGCUCCGCUUUCGGAGAGCGACGACGUGACAUCACACUCUUCUGACUUUAACACUGAUGAGGAGGAUGUUGACUUUGACCAAAAUGCUUCAAAAUCCUUAAACAAGUCAUCAUUGAAAAGAGACACUCAAGAAUGCGCGGUUAGGAAACCUUUUAACUGCUCACUUUGUGAUAAAAUGUUUUCUUGGAAACGUCAGUUAAAAUUACACACGCGUACACACACUGGAGAGAAACCUUUUGCCUGCUCACUUUGUGGUAAAAGAUUCUCAGAGAAGGGGAAUUUAAACAAACACACAAGCAGACACACUGGAGAGAAGCCUUUUGCCUGCACACUUUGCGAUAAAAGAUUUUCUCAGAAGAGAGAUUUAGAAAAGCAUACACGUACACACACUGGAGAGAAGCCUUUUGCCUGCUCACUUUGUGGUAAAAGAUUCGCCGAGAAGGGAAAUUUAAACAUGCAUACAAGCACACACACCGGAGAGAAGCCUUUCGCCUGCACUCUUUGCGACAAAAGAUUUUCUCAGAAGAUUAAUUUAGAACGACACAUGCAUACACACACUGGAGAAAAGCCUUUUCCCUGCUCAGUUUGUCACAAAAGAUUCCGUCAGAAGGGAGGUUUAGACGAGCACGCACGCACGCACACUGGAGAGAAACCUUUUGCCUGUUCACUUUGUGUUAAAAGAUUCGCGCAGAAAGGAAAUUUAGUUGCGCACGCAAAAAUCCACAGUGCAGGGGUCCCGCAGGUCCUUAAAAUGUCCGGAUAAUCAGGGUCUUAAAUUGCAUUAAAUUUAAUGGAAAAUUCAGUUGGUAUUAAAUUUACAGACGAUGCGUUCAAUGCUAGGGAAAUCACUGUAGUCUGCCGUAACACUUCUAAUGGUGUUUGUUUUAUUAAUGACCGUGCACUAAAUACAAGAAUUUGGGAUCAAUAUGUUAUACGGUACGUUUUCCGCAACCUCGGCAUACGUCAGCAACUUGAGUUGUCACCAUAACGCAAUUUCUUGGUUGUUUGCGGUUGUAGAGGUGAGCGGGAAUAUGAAGAGAUGGGGAAGUGUGAAUUUAAUCGAAAAUGGAGGGAAGGUGGUUUAUUUAUAAAGUGGUUGGCCCCUGGUUAAAAUAACAACUGCCUGGUGCAAAGUAGGGAUAUGACUUUAGUCUGCCCAUGUUGUGGUGAAAAAUUCACCCAAAAGGAAAGUUUAAACAAACACACGAGCAGACACACUGGAGAGAAGCCUUUUCCCUGCUCAUUUUUUCAGAAGACUUAUUUAGAAAAGCAUAACCGCGCACACACUGGAGAAAAGCCUUUCGUCUGCACAUGUUGUGGUAAACAAUUCACCGAGAAGGGAAAUUUAAACAGACACGCAAGCAUACACACUGGAGAGAAACGCUUUGCCUGCUCACUUUGUGGUAAAAGAUUCGCUCAGAAAGGAAAUUUAGCAUCCCAUGUUAGAAGCCACACCGGGGAAAAACCUUCAAAUUGCAGUGUGUGGCAAAAUAUUCUGAUUCCUGCCACGCAUUUAAGAGUGGGAAAAGCAUUUCAAUUUCCCCAUUCAGUUUCCCUUGAGCCUCUUAUGAAAAAAAAUGUUGAAAUAGUUUUGAAGGUCCUGUUCUUUUUCACAACUAUCCAAUAUUCUUGAUUUUUUUUUUUUUUUUUUUUUUUUAAAUUGAAUAAAUUGUGUUGCAUGUCUUUCUGUUGAGAUUGUCCCAUAACUUGCUUACUGCUUUUCGCUAUUUUACUUCUGAAUUGUAACAUUUGACAUCCAUAUCUACCGUCAUUUCUGGACUAUUGGGCGCCCCUGAUUACAAGCCUCUCCCAGUACAUUUUUAAAGGAAAAAACAAUUUGUACAUACAUAAGCCUCUCCUGUCUAUAAGUCACGUGUGCCCACAUAGUAACAUGAGAAAUUCACAAAGAAAUACAGUUUUCUAAAUGUUAAUAACAUACCUUAACUUUUCUUUCCUAAUGGCGGCAGCAACACGGCACUUAUAGCAGCAACACGGAGCACAGCACUAACCGGGCUGGUUAUUAGAAACAUGAAAGUUUUUGUUAGCCAUCUUCAUCUUCUUCCCGUGCACUGAAACCAUGGAAGUCUUCACCCUCAGUGUCGGAUAUGAAUAGGCUCAGAUACACUUCGCCACGCACCUUCUGUCUCUCUUUCGUUGUCGCUUUCAAUGUCUCUCAUAAUGAGGCAAAUUCACUCCUGAGCUUGUGCUGUCCUCUUCGUCACACAGCAGACCAGCUGUUCGAAACUCGCCGGUGGCCAUCCAAGCCUUCCAUUCAACUCUUGAGUGCCACUUUAAAUGUACAAUUCACACUAAUGUCAAAUUGCAAGUGCAUUUCUAGCAUUUUCCAUGAUGUAGGUCUGCUAACUUUAUCCAUGCACAAAGUACAAAGUUAAAUUACCGGUAAUAGUGCAAACUAGCAACUUCCUCGACACAUAUAUUCCACGCGUCUCACUCUUAGGUUUUAUGCUCGAGCACCCCACCACAGGCGGCCAUUAAAAAUCGUUAAUUGGCCGCAUCAUUGCACACGCCGCAGGAUUCAAAAUGAGGGGAAAAAAGUAGCGGCUUGUAGUCCGCAAAUUACAGUAUAUUUCCUUGCAACCAACCUCCUCCCACCUUCUUCUCUCACCCUCUGUUUACAAGACAUGAAUUCAUGGCUCCCUUCAAACCUCAAGUCCUUUGAGUAGGCGCCCCCACCGUGCUCACUAAUUACAAUAACUUCUUUAUUUCCACUAAUAAUGUAUCCAUCGCUCAACUCACGUUGAGAGUAUGGGUGUCAUGCUUGAUGGCACACUUUCCUUCUGCUCCCAUAUUAACAACAUCACUCGAUCAGCCCACUUCCAUCUUUGUAAUAUUUCUCAACGUUGCCCCUCUCUCACCUCCCACACUGUUGCCUCUCUUGUAUGCCAGCCAGUCACCUCCUGGUUUGAUGACUGGAAUUCACUACUCUUUGCUCUCCCUGAUGAAUCCCUCCAGAGAGUGCAGCCACCUUCCAAACUCGGCAACACGCGUUAUUGCACGAACCCGGACUGCGCACCACAUCAUUUCCAUCCUCCUUCAACUUCACGAGCUUUUGUUAAUAAUAAUAAAAAAGUGGCUACCAGAUCCUUCUCACUACUUCCAAAAUUAUUUAUGUUCUGGCCCCACCUUACAUUUCUGACGUCCUUUUCGCUACCACUCCUGCCCCAUACCUAGUCGCUCUUGACUCUCUACCCUCUGAUCUUCUCAAUAUAACUUCUUUCCCACUUUUCAAAUCCAGAGUGAAAGCAUAUCUGGUCAAAUGAUCAUAUCCAGCUUAAUUCUCUGUUCUCGUUUGUGUUAGGACUUCUUUCUUGUUACUUGCAAUUCCUCUGAUUUUGCUUUUUUUCCUACUAUAGUUGUAGCUUUUGUUAGCUCUGUUGUGACGUGUC